CUUUCCUGUCUUGCUCACAACUUUUUUUCCAUCACCUGUCACAACUCACAUGGUGUCAUUAACUUUGGAACUUAUUUUUCCACAAAAUACAGCCUUUCCCACCCAUGGAUCGUGACAGAAUAUGGUCUGAACUCAUUGUAUUUAGAGAUUUGUCUCUAUGCUGUCUCUUGACGUGUACAUUUCAUUUGUAAAUAAAAAGAUCUUCCACUUCCAGGCUUGACUGUCCCCAUAGUGGAUGUCCCCACGGCAGUCAGUCAGGCAGCCAUGGGCAAGUGCAGGGGGGGAAAGAAGGUUUGGGGAGGGAAGACUGGAGGUUUUUGGGGAAAAGUUGGGUUUUUGGAGGAGAGAAAAGUUUAGGAGGAAGGUUUUGCAUGGGAAAGAGUGGGGCCAGCAGGGCCAGGGAGUUGAUCCUCUGCUUGGCCCUAGUGAGGCCACAUCUGGAGUGCUGUGUUCAGUUCUGGGCUCUGCACAUCAAGGACAAGGAGCUACGGCAGAGGGUCCAGCAGAGGCCAAAGAUUUUGGAGGGGUCUGGAUCAUCUCUCUCAGGAGGGGAGACUCUGGGAGCUGGGCCUGCUCAGUCUAGAGAAGAGAAGACAGCAGCAAUCUCAUCAAUCCAUGCAAGUAUCUCCAAGGUGGGUGUCAAGAGAAUGGUGCCAGAUUUCUGGUGUGCCCAGCAGCAGGACAAAGAGCAGCGGCCAGAAACUAGAACACAAGGAGCUCCACCUCAACAUGAACAACUCACGGAAUCUGCUCAGUUGGAUGGGACCCACGGGGAUCACUGAGCUCGAAGAGUAUUUGGACAAAGCCCUCAGGCACCUGGUGGGAUUGGUGGGGUGCAGGGUCAGGAGUUGGACUCGAUCCUGACGGGUUCCUUCCAAGUUGGCAUAUUCUGUGAUUCUGUGAUUGGUCGUGGAGUUCUCUCUCUGGAGACAUUCCCAGCCCGCCUGGACGCGGUCCUGUAUCACCUGACCUGGGUGACCCUGCCUCGGCAGGGAGCUCGGACUGGGAGACCUCCAGCGCUCCCCUCCAACUCUCCCCUUCAGCGAGAAGGGGAACACGACCGUUCCAGCCGGGGCGGCGGGGAAGCCGUUCUGCAAGCUCCAAAAGCUCCGGAACCGGCUGUGAGGAAGCGGAAAGGGUGGAGCGGGGCCGGGCAGCGGCGGCAGCCAUGGCCACGGCGGGCGGAUCGGAGGGAAGCGAGCCGGGAAGCGAGCAGGGAUGCGAGCACUACCGGCGGGGCUGCCGGCUGCGGGCACCGUGCUGCGGGAAGCUGUACCCCUGCCGGCUGUGCCACGACGGCGCCGAGGAGCACCAGCUGGACCGCUUCCGAGUGUCCGAGGUGCAGUGCAUCCGCUGCCGGCUCCUGCAGAAGGCCCAGCAGCGCUGUGAGGGCUGUGGCAGCCUCUUCGGGGAGUACUACUGUGACAUCUGCCACCUGUUUGACCGUGACAAGAAGCAGUACCACUGCCAGGAGUGCGGCAUCUGCAGGAUUGGCCCCAAGGAGGAUUUCUUCCACUGCUCCAAGUGUAAUUUGUGCCUGAGCCUCAGUCUCCAAGGAAAGCACAAGUGUAUUGAAAAUGUCUCCAGGCAGGACUGUCCAAUAUGUUUGGAGGAUAUUCACACAUCUCGUGUUGGAGCCCACGUUCUGCCGUGUGGUCACCUUCUCCACAGAACGUGUUACGAUGAAAUGCUGAAGGAAGGCUACAGGUGUCCUAUUUGCAUGCACUCGGCGUUGGACAUGACCAGGUACUGGCGCCAGCUGGACAACGAAGUGGCACAGACUCCCAUGCCCACCGAGUACCAGAACAUGAUGGUGGAGAUCCUUUGCAACGACUGCAACGCCCGCUCCACGGUGCAGUUCCACCUGCUGGGCAUGAAGUGCCAGAGCUGCGCGUCCUACAACACGGCCCAGGACGGGCGGUGCCGGCUGUCCUUGGAGGAGCAGUGACCGGGACGCGCGCGGCCUUCGGCCGGACGGGCGGCGCUGGGCCCUGGCAGAGCCUGGUUUGGGAGCAAAGCAACUCUUGUGUCAGUAAAAAUUCCAGUGUUCCGAGUUCAAGGAGUCCUUUCCUGCGGCAGGGAGGAGGCAGGUGAGAAGAACAGCGCCAGGAGAUGCGGCGAGCGGCUGACGCAGCGGCAGGAGGAGUUCUGGGGGAAGGAUGGUGCAGGUGCAACUCUGGGGGAAAGUGGGUGGCUUUCAGAGGCCUUUGGGGCUGGUGCCAGCAUCCACAGGGCUGUGUGUGAGGAUGUGGUGUUCCCUGGGAAUGAUGCGUGUCCACAGGGACAGCGGGCAGGUGUGGCAUCCUCAGUUCCCUUCGUGCUCUGUCACCUGUGUGUACAGAAUUCCCUUGAAACAAGGGAAUUGCCCUGUCUGCCGGGAUGAGCAGCUGGAAUAUCCAGGUGCAAAGCCCCCCUUUUUCCCCUGGACACCCAUCCUGACUCGCUGCCCUCCCUCUGCUCAGAUUCCUUUGCCAGCUGCAGUCGCUUUUUCCCCCGUUUCUUCCUCAUUUUGUGCUGUUCGCUGGCAGAGGCCGAGGUGGUGCGGGGUUUGAGGCUCGUACAUAGCCGGAUUUUGCUGGUUAGGUACCUAAAGUGAAGCACAUCCUUCACAUCCGGCUGGGCCUGGGAUGGUCACUGAAAUAAAGCAGUCCAGGGUCCAGUUUUCUGUGGUUUUGGUGUUUGUUGAUGGUAGAACUUCACUGUGGGGAGAGGAUGGAGGGGUGAAGGGCUGCCUUUUGAAAGAAACGAAAACCCCAACUCCACCCUCUUUCAUGUAACAUCCUUCCUGAGGCGUUUUGCAGUCUUAAAUAUUGCAGGAACUCCUUGAUUUCUGUGAAUUUCACAUGCAGAUACUUUACAGUAAUAAGGUGUAAAAAAGGAUCAGUUCCUCUUCAGGUUAUGACUACUCGUUUUUAACUUGUUCUGUUGUAAAAUGAGCUUUUCUUAAUCCAACAGUGCCCGUUUUUCUGUAAGGAAUAUUUAGGAUUUGGAUGGUAGCUGUUGUAACUUGCCUUGACUGGGGUAUCUUUUUCUGGAGCACUUUUCUGACUGCUAUAAAUAAAUGUAAAAAAAAGGUCUCUGUUAAAAUAAACAAAUGACACUGAG